AUGGCCGGCCUCCUACGGCAAGCGACUCGCUGCUGGUGGAACGCGUUGCCAGCUACUCGUUUUUCAGAAGCAGCUUGUGUUAGAAGACUUACGUCCUCUGUGGAGGCGAGGAACGAUGCCGACCCUCCCUUCUUGGAGUCUGUGGAUACCUUCUUUGACCGCGCCGCUGCCAUCUCGCAGGUCUCCUCCGAUAUUCUGGCUCGGAUCAAGGCGUGCAGCACGGUGCUGAUGGUGCAGUUCCCUCUCAAGCUCGCCAACGGAUCCAUUGAGCUCGUGGAGGGCUACCGCGCGCAGCACUCGCACCACCGCCUCCCAUCCAAGGGCGGGGUGCGCAUGGCAUUGACGGUGGAUCUAGAGGAGACAAUGGCGCUGGCAGCACUCAUGACCUUCAAGUGUGCGCUCGUGGACGUGCCCUUUGGAGGGGCCAAGGGAGGCAUCAAGAUCGUGCUACUGUGCUACUGUGCUGCUGUGCGGGCAUGGCAGGACACCUACACAUCGCUGCACCCAUCUGAUCUCAAUUCCGCAGCAUGCGUCACCGGCAAGCCCCUAGAAGAGGUUGGUGUGGAGGAGGGGCAACUAGGAAGGGGAAUGGAAGGGGGGGUGAGUGAGUGGGGGAAAGGAGGGAGAGUUGAGGGGAUAAGGGGCUGGGUUGGGGGCAUUCGAGGUCGCAUGGAGGCAACAGGCAUGGGGGUCUUCCUUUGCCUCCGGGAAUUCCUCAAUUCCAAGGAGCAUGCAGCGUCAGUGGGCAUGCAGCCUGGGGUGCGUGGCAAGUCAUUCGUCAUCCAGGGCUUUGGGAAAGUGGGCCGCGCUACAGCUGAUGCGGUGACAGCAGCAGGGGGGCGAGUGGUGGGGGUGAUGGAGUACAAUGGAGGGUUGCUGGAUACCACCGGCACAGGCAUGGACAUGGCUGCUCUGCGCCUUUACCAACAGAGGCAUAGAACCAUCAUGGGCUUUCCAUAUGCCACGCAGUUGCAAGAUCCGUCGUCGCUGCUGCAUCUGCCGUGUGAUGUGCUCAUCCCCGCUGCUCUGGAGGGACAGAUUCACUCUCGCAAUGCUGCUGGCGUCAAGGCGCGGCUGGUAGUGGAGGCAGCCAACGGCCCGGUGACCCCGCCUGCUGAAGCCAUACUAGAAGCCAAAGGGACACGCAUUCUCCCCGACCUGCUGGUCAAUGCAGUGAGCUAA